GAAUUUCAAAAGAACUGGAAGAAGUGAUCAAGAAAGACAAUUUUGUCGUCUCCUUAAAACACAUCAAACCAAGAAGACGUUCCAGAGGCAUCGAUACAUUAUUUACAGUAGAUUUUCCAGGAUCCGAAAAUAAGUUUUCUUUAUUACUAGACAAGAAAAAUAAAAAAAUUAUUGUUGAAACUCUGGAAGACAGCAGAGUUAGAGAACAGCCCUUCAUAGUGGACUCUCUUAAAGAUGAGGAUCGUAUAAUCAAAUCUCUAAUCCUCUCAGUUAACCAGUCUCAACCUGGUGCUCACGCAAACUUGUACCUCGACUGUGUGUCUUAUGGCAUGGUAGCGACACCUAGAUCUAUGAGAGAAAUGUACACUAGUAUGAGAACACCAGCCCUAGAAGUGUUUCACGAAAAGAAAAAUUAUAUGGAGGUCGAAGGCCAUAGGGACUUAAGAGCGAUCCUAAGCAAAAACGAGUGUCCCCUUUCCAUAGAAAAACACUUCGACGUUGAUUUUGAAAAGGAUAUAGCUCAAAAUCUAUUGAAAGACGAUCACAGUUACCAAUCUCAACAACCUUACGGUCCAUCAAGCGUUGAUUACAGAGGAGACAUACCUUUGGUUACGACCAUCAACGAUGUUGGGUUAAUCGACGCACUCAACCAGCUGAUCAGAGUGGUUAAUUUGGAAGUUCAGAAAUGUCAAGGUCAAGCUGAAGCUUUCGACAAGCUGAGAAGACUGAUAGAGGAGUGCGAACUGUGUAAACAGAGGCCACCAGAAAUUCAGCGACCAACAUGUGCCAACAAUCCUCCCAGGUGCUUCCCUGGUGUGCACUGCUAUGAUACAAAUGAUGGACCCAGGUGUGGAUCGUGUCCACCAGGAUAUCUAGGAGAUGGAUACGAGUGUAGACCAGGCAGGAGAUGCUCAGACCACCCAUGUUUCGACGGCGUAGAAUGUAGAGACACUGCUGAUGGCUAUCGAUGUGGUCCAUGUCCCGCAGGAUACGAAGGAAACGGUGAAGACUGCCGCAGAAGAAACCCUUGCGAGUACAACCCUUGCGCACCAGGUACUAGCGAUAGUUAUGAUAGAUACCGUUACGGUUCUUACAGAUGUGGAGAGUGUGAGUAUGGCUAUUACGGAAAUCAAUCGGUAGGUUGUCAUCAAGGGGAAGGUUAUUGUCGUAGUGGAGUUCGAUGUCAUAGUAGAGCCGAAUGCGUUAGUCUAGGUGGCGGUGAAUACACUUGCCAGUGCGUCACAGGAUACGCUGGCAAUGGAGAAUAUUGUGCAUUUGAUCGUGAUGCAGAUAGCUACCCUGAUACAGAGUUGCCAUGUCGAGAAAAACAUUGUAGACAGGACAAUUGCCCACACACUCCCAAUUCUGGACAGGAGGAUACCGAUGGUGAUGGAAUUGGAAAUGCUUGUGAUCCAGAUCCAGACGGCGAUGGAAUUGAACGUGGUGAUAACUGCCCUCUUCAUAGAAACCCCGACCAACGUGAUUCUGAAACAGAUCCAGAUAGAGUUGGAGAUGUGUGUGAUAACUGCCCAUUGGUUCCUAAUCCAGAUCAAUCAGACAUUGAUCGAGAUGGCUUAGGAGAUGUCUGUGAUCCUGACAUGGACAAUGAUGGAAUCAGAAAUGAAGAUGAUAAUUGUCCAAGAGUAGCCAAUCGUGACCAAAUCGAUAGUGAUCGCGAUGGCCUUGGAGAUGCUUGUGAUAACUGUCCACGAAUUUACAAUCCCCGACAGGAAGAUUCCGACGAUGAUAGAGUUGGUGACCUUUGUGACAGUCCAGAAGAUACAGAUAGGGAUGGUGUAGGUGAUGAUAGAGAUAACUGUGUUCACAAGGAAAACCCUGAUCAGAGUGACAUUGACAGGGAUGGGGUUGGUGACGUUUGUGAUGACGAUAUUGAUGGAGAUGGCAUUGUCAAUCACAGAGACAAUUGUCCAUUGGUAUAUAACCCGGAUCAGUUGGACACGCAACGUGAGUAUAUGAUUUCUAAAAAUUUAAUAAAACAAAGCAACCUACUUUACUUGGUCCUCUUAGAAGGACUGGGCCCCAUCCAUUCUGGAUCAGUCCGAGAGGGGGGAAGAGGAGGAGGAAGGACAUUCUCUGACGAUGGAGGUGGGUCCUCUUAUGUUAAAUCGUUCAAUUCCUCGUCCUCCUCACCCAAUAUGAUGGGAGCAACGUUGCUGCAGCUUCGCCCUUGGCAAAAGAAACAGAGAAACACUUCAGUCCUGCUUUUCUGCAAGUGCAAGAAGGAUCCUGCACUUGUACUGCUGUUGGCUGCAUAG